CCCCUUCGGGGGCGUGGACUAGUGCUACUGACGGCGUGCCUUAAACCAGUGGAAGGCCGGGCGGAAGUGACUGCUCCGCGGGACGCCUUGGUUACCGCUUUCUCCGCCCCUUGCUACGUCAUCGCUCUGAGCCGGCUAUCUGCUGCCGGUGCGGGCGCCGCCCGAAACCGCGGGCCCGGGUUGCCGCCCCCUCAGGAACCACCAUGUUGGUGAUACCCCCCGGACUGAGCGAGGAGGAGGAGGCUCUGCAGAAGAAAUUCAACAAACUGAAGAAAAAGAAAAAGGCAUUGUUAGCUCUGAAGAAGCAAAGUAGCAGCAGCACAGCCAGCCAAGGCGGUGUCAAACGCUCACUGUCAGAGCAGCCUGUGGUGGACACAGCCACAGCAACAGAGCAGGCAAAGCAGCUAGUGAAGUCAGGAGCCAUCAGUGCCAUCAAGGCCGAGACCAAGAACUCGGGCUUCAAACGUUCUCGAACCCUAGAGGGGAAGUUAAAGGAUCCUGAGAAAGGGCCAGUCCCCACUUUCCAGCCAUUCCAGAGGAGCAUAUCUGCAGAUGAUGAUCUACAGGAGUCGUCCAGACGUCCCCAAAGGAAAUCUCUGUAUGAGAGCUUUGUGUCUUCCAGUGAUCGGCUUCGGGAACUGGGGCCAGAUGGGGAUGAGGCAGAGGGCCCCGGGGCUGGCGAUGUCCCCCCUCGAAGCUUUGACUGGGGCUAUGAAGAACGUGGUGGUGCCCGCUCCUCAGUCUCCCCUCCCAGAAGCCGCAGCCGGGACCGCAGUCGUGAACGGAACCGGGACAGAGACCGAGAUCGGGAACGGGAUCGAGACAGAGAUCGGGAACGGGAUCGAGACAGAGAUCGAGACCGGGAGCGGGAUAGAGACCGUGAUCGGGAGCGGGACCGGGAUCGAGACCGAGAGGGCCCUUUCCGUAGGUCGGAUUCAUUCCCUGAACGCCGGGCCCCUCGGAAGGGGAAUACUCUCUAUGUGUAUGGAGAAGACAUGACACCUACCCUCCUCCGUGGGGCCUUCUCUCCAUUUGGAAACAUCAUUGAUCUCUCCAUGGACCCACCCAGAAACUGUGCCUUCGUCACCUAUGAAAAGAUGGAGUCAGCAGAUCAGGCUGUUGCUGAGCUCAACGGGACCCAGGUGGAGUCCGUGCAGCUCAAAGUCAGCAUUGCGCGCAAACAGCCCAUGCUGGAUGCCGCCACUGGCAAGUCUGUCUGGGGCUCCCUUGCCGUCCAGAACAGCCCUAAGGGUUGCCACCGGGACAAGAGGACCCAGAUUGUCUACAGUGAUGACGUCUACAAGGAAAACCUUGUGGAUGGUUUUUAGGGAGUGGAGCUGGAUUUCAUGUGCCUCAUCUGCCCCAACGGUGGUCUCAGUAAAACACUGAGGUGGAAGCUCACACAUCUCCCUCAGCCUCUGGUUUUUCAGCAUUUGGGAUUGGGAUUGAGCCUUUAAAAACGGCUAUUAGAUUUUAUCUCAUUUGUAACAACAUGGCCAGUGCACAUUCCCCACUCCAUUACCCCAAAAGGAUCUUGAACACAGGUAUUGUUGCAGCUGUUUUAAUUUGAUUUCAUGCCCCUUUCCAGCAGUAAACCCCUUAUAGAAAAUCCAGGUUCUCAUCUUGGAGUUUCUCCUUGAGCCAGGGCAGUACUUGGAAGAGGUUGAUAUGAAAGUCUCGGGCAUGAGCAGGUACCUGUUGCCGCCGCCCGUGGUCUUUGCAGACAUCCACUACACCCCAGCUGAUCACACCAACCUGGAGAAGGGGAGUGGGUGCCAUGGAUCAUUUGGUAGAAUUCCUUCCCAGGAAACACAACUACUUCCAGUCGUAUUUGCAGUGACCUCGAAGAAUUAGGCUAGAGACACAGCUCAGUCCUGGCCAGACACGUGGUCCUGAACCAGUCAAUUCAAGGAAUAGUCCCAAGGUGAGGCAGGUUCUUCCCUCCCCUUUUGAGCCACAUGCAUUGAGCUUUCCUGUUUUUGGCCCGCUGCUGACCACUUGGCAUCUACCCACAGAUGAGAAAGUGGAAACUCACUUGAAUAAAGCGACUUCUCUUGUGAAUAA